AUGUCUGCUGACAUUCGGGCUAUUGGCAAUGCAUGCCCGACGUUGAAAUCGUUCUCAUUGAACGCAUUUAAGUUCCUUCUGAUAGAGGAUGUUGACGAAAAUGAUGAUCGUCCUUUUAUUGAAUCAAUUCAUCGGAAUCUGUAUGCUCUCGCAAUCAGCAAAAGUAUGCCCAACCUGCAGCAUCUUCAAGUUUAUGGGCUCUGGAUUGGAAAUAAAGGACUUGAAAUCAUCCUUAACGGCUGUCCACGCCUCGAGUCACUUGACAUCCGGCGGUGUUUUGAUCUCGAUCUUGAAGGGGAUUUGGGGAAAAGAUGCCGUCAACAAAUUAAACAUCUUAAACUCCCUCAUGACUCGACUAGUGAUGUCCCAUGGCCGAGUUGCCUAGGAGGUGAUCCAUUUACCUCUCCUCCAUUCUCCACUUAUAAUCCGGACGCAUACUUUUAUAACGAAGAUAUGGAUGACUAUAUUCAACGUUAUGGAUACGCAGACUUAUACGAAUCCUUUGGCUUAGUCUAG